AUGCUCGAUCAGAAGCCUUUCGAAUUAUUCGUGUUUGGAGACCAGACAUACAGCCUCCAGACAAAAGAUCUCCGCAACCUGGUACACGAUGGAAGCAAUGACGCUGUUGUGGUUGAAUUUCUCGAACGCGCAUGCAGGACAUUGCGAAAUGACCUUUACCAGCUCACGCCCGAGUACAGGCUCCAUGCACCUUUACUAUCGCACGUGGCGGACUUGCUGCUGUGGAAGAGAGGGCACUGUGUACCGCUAGACAUGGCAAUUCUUUGCGCUCUGGCCGCCGCCGCCAUUAGUUGCAGUUCCAAUACAUUGGAACUUCUUCCACUAGCUCUGGAGGCUGUGCGUAUAUCAUUCCAAAUCGGUAUAAUUGUCGACAAGAUGGCAAAAUGCAUCGACGCUUCGGGGCGUGACCGUCAUAGCGAUGACAAAGCUGACAAGGUCGGGGAGCUCCCGUCGUGGACAGUCCUGAUGGCAGGCUCGAAUGUAGAGGACGUUGUACACAGAUUUGCGGGGGAGAGUAAUUUGCCGCCUGCGGCGCGACCUUGGAUCAGCGCGCGGUCACCCGGUGAUAUCAUCGCUGUCACUGGCCGGCCAAGUUCUCUUGCUCGACUUUCUGCGUGGGCAGACUCCUCGGUGCUCAAGUUGCGGAGCCCUCGUCCUCUACCGAUCUUCGCGCCUUACCACGCACCACAUCUAUACAGCCGCAGUGAUGUCGAAGAGCUCGUACGGCUUACCCACAGCUCACUUUGCCGGAGUAGUCCCUCGGCUGGGGAGGGAUCAAGACUUCACAUCCCAGUGAUUUCCAGCACAACCGGAGACAUAAAAGAGGUCACCAAUCACAACAAUAAUUUCACGACUAUGUUAAAGUCUGCAGUGGAGCAGAUUUUGUUGCAGCCCAUUUGCUGGGACCCUGUGCUCGCGAGAUUGCACACAAGAGUGGAAAACAUUGGUGGCAUUGCGGAACUGCGCAUAAUUCCGUUUGCGACGUCUGUUGAUCGGCUCAUCUACACUGGGCUCCAUCAGCUGGAGCCGUCAGUCUCCCUGUCAAGUACCGCAUAUAAUGACAUAGGCCAAAUAACGCUGCCGAGGCCGAGGCCGCUCCCAAAGGCCGACAGCAUUGCCAUCAUCGGUAUGGCUGGUCGAUUUCCUGGUGCUGCAGAUGUAGAUGCCCUCUGGAACAUUUUCUACUUUGGGCUGGAUGUCUGCAAAGAAAUUCCACCAUUACGUUGGAACCUCAAGACUCAUGUCGAUCCAUCAGGACGGAAGACAAACUCAAGUAGAGUUCCCUUCGGUUGUUGGCUAGACGAUCCGGAUGUUUUUGACGCAGACUUCUUCAACAUGUCGGCCGAAGAAGCAACCCGCAUGGACCCUGCGCAGCGGCUGGCUCUCAUGACAACUUACGAGGCAAUCGAGCAGGCUGGAGUAGUCUGGGCAGAUGCUCUUGACGAUACUGACGCGACGCCUUCCACUCGGCGGGACCGUGUAGGAGUGUAUUAUGGCGUGUCGGGUAACGAUUGGCGGGAAUGCAAUGCCGCCCAGAAAAUCGACUCGCAUUUCAUGCGCGGCAGCAACCGGGCCUUUGUCUCAGGGCGCAUCAGCGAGGCAUUCAAGCUCAGCGGGCCUAGUCACACUAUCGAUACAUCGUCUGCCAACAGUCUGGCGCCUGUCCACACAGCCUUUCUCUCGCUGUGCGGCCAUGAGACCGACAUGUGUAUUGUCGGGGCCGCCAAUGUAAUGACGAACCCUGAUAUUCACGCGGGCUUGGACCGAGGAGGACUGCUAUCUCAUAGCGGCAACUGCAAGGUCUUUGACGACACUUCUGACGGCUUCUGCCGCGGUGAGGGCGUUGUGUCCCUGGUGCUCAAGAGACUAGACGAUGCCCUGGCAGAACAUGAUCCCAUUUUGGGUGUUAUCGCUGGAGCCGCUUCCAGCUAUGAUUGCGCAUCGUCGCGCGGUGACGCCCACCCGGAACCCAGCAUCACCCACAAGAAUCUGUUCACCACUGUGCUCAACAACUCGAAUAUAGAGCCUUCAUCUAUAGGAUACGUCGAAAUUGGCGGGUGCAGCACGAGGGAGGAGGGUGCCAGUGAGAUCGGCAGUAUACUGGACAUUCUUGCGCCGAUUCCUGUAUCAGGCAUUUCCGGCAUGAGUAGAGCCAUGCCCUUGUACCUUGGAAGUGCAAUGGCGAAUAUUGGCCACGGUGAAGCGGCUUUGGGACUCAGCAGUAUAAUCAAAAUGCUGUUGAUGUUCAGGGAGAACAGCAUACCGCCACACAUUGGAAUACGCAAGCGAAUCAACUCCGACUUUCCGGCUGAGCUGGCGCGAAAAUACAAUACCCACAUCCAUACAGGAAAGACCAUAGAGUGGCGGAAAGACGCAAGGAUCGAGUCUCGAAUUGAGCCACGUCGUGUUCUUGUGCACGAGGUUGGGUCAGUAGCACGUGCGACUUCAGCGUUAUUGCUGCAAGAGCCGGUACAUGAUCCAGACCGACACGAACCUUCGGAGAUGGUACACCAGCCGCCAGAAAUCGAUCCAGCCAUAUCCUACGUUAUAGCCAUCUCCGCUAAGAGCAAGAUCUCUCUUCAAUGCAACAUGACCAAUCUGUACGGAUGGCUCAAGAAGGAGACAAACCGCAAUCAGUUCUCUCUAGCGCAGCUCUCGUACACGACCACAGCACGGCGCGUGCACUACUCGCAUCGAACCAUGCUCGUGGCUUCAUCCUAUGAAGACGCCUGUGCUCAGAUUGAGGCCGAAAUGCAGCGAUCACGAAUGGAACACAAGAUUGCCACGACUGACAUCAGGUCGCUUCGAGUCGCCCAUGUUGAUCAAACAAAGAAGGCCUGCCCACUCGUGUUUGCGUUUACUGAUUCAUUGACGUGCAACUCCGCAUCCUCGUUAUCUAUGGACUACUUCAGUCAACUCUACCAAAACUUUUCAACCGUCAGACGUGACAUACAUCGUGUCAAUCAGAUCGUGCGGCUUCUCGGUUUUCCCUCGAUCAUGGAUGUCUUGGGUUUGGAAGAUGGCGAUGAGCCAUGUCAGCACAUCCAGUCUCAACACCCUUGCGGUAGCACAAACACGCAUCAAACAGCGGGGCCCUUUGCCAAUGUACACACGCAGAUGCGACGUCUAGGUUUUCCGUGUGUCAUGGACUUCCUGCGUUUGAAAGAGAUUGAUGAACCACACCAGCAUAUCCAGGCUCAGCGGUCUGUGAAAGGCACGAAAACGCGUCAAAUAGGGGAGCAGCUUGCCAAUAUGUGCACACAGAUGGUCCUAGCCAGAUUAUGGCGAUCAUGGGGCAUGAAUCCAAUCGCCGUCAUCAGCGGAGGUGGCAUGAGCAUCUACUCAGCUUUAAACGCAGCAGGAGUGCUUUCUGACGUCGAUGCAAUCUACUUGGCUGGCACCUCUAUUCAACUCGGGCUGACGCAGCCGCGUCGGACAGAGGGGCAAUUGGAGUGCGAACUAGAUUGGGACAAUGAAUCUGCCGAGUUUGAGAGAAUUGCAAAUGUUGCAACCUAUCAUAAGGCGCGGAUUUCCGUCUUGAGGUUGCUCAGGGACGACGCGAACGACGAGAUGACUUGUCCGGACAUAACGUCCUCGAACGCGAGCUUCGAAAGUGUCGCCGAAAUUGGUGAAAGCGAUGAAUUGCUCUUGGCUCGUCGCCUCUUGGCCAUUUUCAAGUCAAAGUACUUCGAUAGCAAGCUGACUACUGUGAGAGCGCUGAAAGAAGCUCUCAUCUCGGCUUGUCGGAAGGCCAUCAACCUCAUCCCAGACCAUUCCAUCAUACAACAAGUGGGACCAGAAGUGCCUAUACUUUGCGGCUCAAUGACGGAAGGAAUCAAAUUUGGCACUGCGGAUGGCGAACGCAUUUCCCCUAACGCGAUGAGGGGCAACCUAGCUUCAGAUACGCCCAAGCAAAAUAUGUGGACACACCUGACGGAAAUGGUACGGGUGCUGUACUGUCUGGGAGCCAGGAUUCGCUGGGACCAAUACUACCUCGACCUUCCACCGAAAGGUCGGAGGGUCAUUAGCUCACUUCCAGCAUACAGCUGGAGUCUCAAGGAGUACUGGAUACCAUAUAUCAACGAUUGGGCGCUCUCGAAAGGUGCUGCAUCGAAGGUCAUGGUGGCCCCCAAGCUCGAGAGCACGACCAUACACAGAAUCAUCGAGGAGACUGAAUUCGUGGAAGAGGGAGGUGAGGACUUGCGCCUGGUUGUUGAGGCUGACAUUUCCCGGGAUGACCUUCAUGGAAUCGUCCAGGGGCAUGUUGUGGACGGCGUUCCACUCUGCACGCCGUCCGUUUACGCCGAUAUUGCUCUUUCGCUGGGGAAAUAUAUUCAACAGCGAUAUCGUAACGGAAACUUGGAGCGACUGAUCAGCGUCAGAGACAUGGCCGUCACGAAGGCUUUGAUCGCCCAACCGUCUGGACCACAAAGGCUGCAAGCUUGUGUUGAGGCCAAUUGGGCUUCUAAUUCAGCUAUUUGCAAAUUCAGUACACUUGAUCGUCGAAACAAGCCACAGCAACACGCCCAAUGUACAAUAUGCUUCAGUGACACAGAAAUAAUCGAGCAAAUUGAGCAAUUCGACAUGGCUAGUUCCUACACCAAACUUGUCCGGGCCUUGCGGCAAGGCAUCACGACUCAGCGCACUGUUCGCUUCACACGAAACAUGAUGUAUCGCACGCUUCGUUCCUUGGCUGAAUUUCACCCGGACCACAAGCUGGUUGAUGACAUUGUGAUAGACAGCCAGACGCACGAGGCGACCGCUCAGGUCAGCUUCGGUCAGCUUCUGGCCCAAGACGGGAAACACAUCGGCACCUUCCACACUCACCCUGGAGUGGUCGAUGCGCUCACACAGCCGGCUGGAUUUGCCUUGAAUGGAGCAGACGGCACUGAUUUGGAUAAGGAAGUUUACAUCAACCACGGAUGGGGAUCAUGCUACCUUUUCGAGCCUCUAGAACUAACCAAGGUGUACACAGUAUAUGUGCACAUGGCUGAGGGUCAGGGGCAAAUUUGGUAUGGUGACAUCGUGGUUCUCGAUAUGGGCGACGGGGAACGUCCUGAGAGGGUCGUGGCCUUGUUCGAGAGGUACUCGGUGCAACGUCUUCCACGCCGCGCAUUGAGCAUAGUGCUGCGGGCUGAAGGCGGUGGCGCCUACAAGAAUGCCAAACUGCAGCCGGGUCAGGAUCAACUGAGCCAAGCUGAUCGCCGACGCGAGGCAUCUACGAAACUUGCGCGUCAAGAAUGCCCUCCUAUGGUCCCAACCUUGGGUUCUCCUGUUCGCGGAUUCUCACAGGCGCCGCGAAGCUCCCACACCAGUUCUAUCAGUACCCCGGGUCUCGACCGCGACUCACAACACCUCCACUUCCACGUCAAUAUUCCUCUUUCUCCUGCUCUGCCCAAAACACCUCUAACGGCCGAGGCAUUACACGAAGACAGUAAUUUUAAUGCUAGAGGACAUAUCAGCCACGACGGCGAUUAUGACAUCGUGAGACAAACAAUGCAAAUCAUCUCGGAAGAAAGUGGCUGCGAGCUGGCGGACCUGGACGACGACAACUUGGCACUAGCAGAUGUGGGCCUUGACUCUUUACUUUCCCUGGAAAUCACAAGCCGACUUCGGGAAGAGCUAGGAGAUGAACUGAGUCACGUUGAUCUGAACUCAUUGUUCACUACCUACCCUACGGUCGCAAGCCUCAAAGCUUCUGUCAUUGGAAAACGGCCAAAUCACAUUGCCCGAAGCGUCCUUAGCCCGAGAAGAAGGGCAAGUACAUCAACAUCCGCUCUCAGCUCCCAAGACAGUGUAUUCACAGACGUCUCCUCGACGACAUCAACCACAACUGUCAGCGACACCCGGGUGCCUCAGGCUACUUCGGUCAUACUUCAGGGUUCUCCCAAGAGGGCAAGAGCAACACUCUUCCUAUUUCCGGAUGGGUCUGGUUCAGCUACUUCAUACGCGUCCAUACCGCCUGUAUCCUCAACGGGCGAUCUCUGCAUCAUUGCUUUCAACUGUCCCUUCCUCAAGAAAGAAGAGAUGAUGUUCUCAUGUCAUCUGGAUGCCCUCAUCGAUCACGGCUAUCUUCCUGAACUACGUCGCCGUCUCAGUCUACAGACCAACGAGGGUAGUACAGUAAAGCGGACGUACUAUAUUGGCGGAUGGUCUGCUGGAGGCACACUUGCCUACCGCGCCGCACAGCGACUACUCCAAGCAGAGGAAGAGUCCGCUGCGUGCAGCCAGAAGAACUUAGGAAACAUGGCUGGCCUCGUGCUGAUCGACGCACCGCCACCAAUCAGAGGCAUGGAUCCGCUGCCAGAUCAUUUCUAUAAGUAUUGCGAGCAGAAGGGCGUGUUCGGUGGUUGGUCUGGCGCUCGAGCUCGUAAAGCCCCCGAGUGGCUGAUCCCACACUUCAACGGGACCAUCGCAAUCUUGAGGAACUACGUUGCCGAGCCGCUGACGCGAGCGCAGUGUGCCAAGCUCAAGACCGUGGCAUGUAUAUGGGCCGGCGAGAGUGUUGUCGGCGCUGAUAAACCGCUUGAGCCGCAUCCGGAUGACACCGAGGGCAUGAAAUUUCUGACGAUACAGAGAAAAGAUUUCUCGACGGCAGGUUGGGAGAAAUUGUUGCCUGGAGUUGAUGAGGCCGCCGUCCUAUGCCAACGGCUCCACGGGGCCCAUCAUUUCUCCUUGACGUUCCGCUGGGUUACACUAGCUUACCGUGUUCCACCCCAGCUCUGA